AUGAGCGUAUUGAAAAUGAAUCGACCGGAAUCGCCGGCCAAUGGAAGUAAAUUAUGCGCCGUGUGUCGUGCAAAAGCUUCGCAAAUUUGCGGCGGAUGUGGCGAAAUUGCUUACUGUGCUAAAGAACAUCAAAAACAACAUUGGUCAACCCACAAAACCCAGUGCAAACCUUACAAAAUUGUUUUUGACGAAAAAUAUGGACGUUGUAUGGUAGCAUCGAAGAACAUCAAACCUGGAGAAAUCAUAUUUAGAGAAAAAGCAAUUAUGACAGGGCCGAAACAAGGUUGUCUGCCAUGUUGUCUUACGUGUUACACGAGUCUGGAGAACGUUGAAGAAGCCAGUCUCUUCCGCUGCCCUGGAUGCAAUUUCCCUUUCUGCAAAGAGAAAUGUGCCAAGAGCUCUGAACACAGCGAAGCCGAGUGUUUGGUAUUAAGCAAAACAAAGUCACGAAUUACCAUAACUGACAUGACGAAAUCGCAUCCAGUUUACCAGUGCAUCUCCCCACUUAGAGGUCUCUUGUUGAAAACGACACAUCCGAAGCUAUUUGAGGCAUUUAAAGGACUCGAGGAUCACAACAACUUACGUAGACAAACGGAAUUCUGGGGCGUUUAUCAGGUCAAUGUCGUCAAAUUUUUGCACAAAGUAUGCGAAUUAUCGGAUCAAUUUACCGAGGAGGAAAUCCACUCCGCCUGCGGAGCUCUGGACGUCAACGCCUACGAAAUCCGGCCUCCUAACAGCGGCCAGCAACGAGUGCUGGGCGUUUUCCCACUCGCCUCCAUGAUGUCUCACAACUGCGUAUCCAACAUGAAUCACGUCAUCGACGGAAAUUAUCAGAUGACUGUUCGAGCUUCUGUUCCAAUUAUGAGAGGAGAGCAAGUAUUUUCAAGUUACGCGCUGGCAUUAGAAGGAACAAGAGAACGACGAGCUCUGUUGCGCCAGAGCAAAUUGUUUGAAUGCGAUUGUAUUCGCUGUUCAGAUCCAACGGAAUGUUCGACUUACUUGAGCGCCCUUCGUUGUCAAAAAUGCCCGACCGGUUUCGUUCUACCCAUCCGGCCGCUGGAAGAAAAGGAAACCCCAUGGCAAUGUUCGCAAUGUUCUUAUAAACUCACGGCCGUCGUAGUCAAUCGAGUGGUCGAUAAACUCAAAGAAGAAUUCGAAGCCAUUGGACCUAAUGAAGUGGAAAAGUUCGAAGGAUUCCUCAAAAGACACGCCACACUUGUCCAUCCCAAUCACUUCUUAUUCACCAGUGCCAGACAAUCACUGAGUCAACUAUACGGCAGGGAUGAACGUUUCUUACUCAACAGUUUAACGAUGGAACAGCUGGAACGCAAGAUUUCCAUCUGUCAGCAAAUGCUUUCGGUUGCAAACAUAGUUGAACCUGGCCUCACACGAAUCAGAGGUGUGACGUUAUACGAAAUGCACGCCCCAAUGUUGUUGAUGGCCAGAAGGACGUUCGAAGCCGGCCAAUGCACUUCAGCGGAAUUUAAGGAAAAGAUAGAGGCCGUGCGGAGUAUCUUAUCUGAAGCUACAAGGAUCCUCUCGCUGGAAGACCCAGCUUCAACGGAAGGAGCAAUGGGCACGGCAGCUGUUCAAGCGCUGGAACAAAUCCAGCGUUGGAUUUCCUCAAUGUGACAUCUAAUGGAAUGAAUUAAUUCAAUUUAACUCAGUUAUUUGAGUGAAGCAAAAAAAACGAGUACCCAUUUGACUUGAAAUUUUGAGUUCAAAUGAGAUCCUCAUUAGCGAAUCCUUUGGCCGUCUUGGUUGAAAAUUACACUGCUAGGUCAUCA